AAAAGAGGUUGACCUGGAGGGAAAAAAACAUUUGCAUUCGCUUGAUGCUUCUUAUAUAUUUGUAUGAUAAACAAACUGUUGAUAAUUCGUGCACUAGAUAAGAUAGAGCUCAUGUCAGCUCGCAAGCUAAAAUGUGGAAGAUAACGUUUAUGCUGUUGUUUCUGCUGACGUCAAUCCACACAACAACAGGUGCCGAUUAUUUGGACAUUACUGAAGUAAGACUUGUAGAUGGCAAUAGUACAUUUAGCGGACGUGUUGAGAUCAAGGUUGACGGUGUUUGGGGAACAAUCUGUGAUGACAAUUUCGACAUGGAUGAUGCCAAGGUUAUAUGUAGAACACUGAAUCUGACAGCAACAUCAUUCUUUACAGGAGCACAUUAUGGGCAAGGUAAAGGGCCAGUAUUUGCUCAAAGGUUUCGUUGCUAUGGACAUGAAAGUCACCUUAGAGAUUGUCGCUUCGACCCCAAUACUUUUUGUUCUCAUUCACGGGACAUUGGGGUAAUCUGCACAGAAUGUGGGGAAAUCGACAUUAAAAAUGGAAUCAUUUACUUAAUAUCAUCAAAUGGUUCGGUUCUCACAGCGUCUUGUGUUACUGGCUACCAGACAAACACACACACAAGUGUAUGCCAAACUAAUGGAACAUGGUCAAACGACAUUACGUGUGCAACAUCUGGGUAUCCCUUGAACAUUACUGGCCUACGGCUUGUCAGUGGUAUAGGUCUAACUGAUGGUAUUGUCGAGCUGAAGGUCAAUGGCACUUGGGGACAGAUUUGUCGUAACAGCUUUGAAAGCAGCAAUGCAAAAGUGAUAUGCAGGAUGCUCGGAUUUAACUACUUCAGAUACGAUUCUUGGAAUCAGUUAACAAGCACUUCAAACCUUUAUCAUUUAGACAAUCUUGAUUGUAUAGGAACGGAGGAUCACAUAAACGAAUGUUUAUACGAUGUUCGUCAAACGUGUUCGAGUAUAUAUCCAAUCGACGUUGAGUGUAAAUAUCCUUAUAAUAUAACAGAAGUUAGGCUUGUCGGAGGAACAGGUCCAUAUGACGGUCGAGUUGAAGUUAAAAUUGCUGAUGGCUGGGGAACUGUUUGCAGUAGAAAGAUCGGACAAUAUGAUGCCGAUACUUUAUGUAAAUCAAUGGAUUUAACAUUGACACACUACUUUCCAAAUCCUUAUGUUUACGGACAAGGAACAGGUGAUAUAUACAUCGGUGUUAUAAGGUGUUCUUCUGCAAAUACUCAUAUAAAUCAAUGUAGUUUUCUACCCCCAAGACGAGACUAUUGCUCUCACAAUUAUGAUGUUUCAUUAGUGUGUACACCUUGUGGUAAACCGACAAUACAAUAUGGAUCUUUUGAUUCUUUUAAUGGUACUGUACUGACUGCAAAGUGCGGCGUUGGCUAUCAACCAGAAAAAAUAACAUUUGAUUGUCUUGCGAAUGGGACUUGGUUGCAAAAUGACAAAUGUUCAUCAAAAUAUUCUUGUGCUAAUCCGUUAGAAAUACGGGAUAUGAUGCUUAUCGGAUAUGGUCCUCAUGGUCUUCACGAAUAUAGUCCAUACUACGAGGGUCGUGUUGAAAUUAAAGUUGAUGAUAUUCGGUUAACUAUUUGUAGCCACAACUUUACUAUUGCAGAGGCGAACGUCAUUUGUCGGUAUACCAUGCCUAUAUCUGGAUUGCGUCUUGCCGGUACAAAUGGACCAUAUCAUGGAAGAGUCGAAGUUAAUAAUGUUUUAGGCAAAUGGGGAACAAUCUGUAUAUUCAACACCAAUUCAGCAAAUGUUAUAUGCAAUAUGUUUGGAUUACGGUAA